GUGGCCGCGCAUGCGCAGUGCGGGGACCCAGGCGCCUGCGCGCUGGGGGGGCUGUUUUGGCGGGCGGCGGGCGUUGCGCAGAAGCGGCCUCAGCUCUGAGGGCCUGCGAGAAGGGGGAGUCGGUGCCGUGCCGGACCCGCUUCGUACCCAGGAAUUGGGUGGCCUUGGUGCAUUAGGUGGAACUUCCUGCGCUAUGGGAAAGAAAACCAAGAGGACAGCAGAUAGUUCGUCCUCUGAAGAUGAGGAGGAGUAUGUUGUGGAGAAGGUGCUAGACAGGCGUGUUGUGAAGGGUCAAGUGGAGUAUCUUCUCAAGUGGAAAGGAUUCUCUGAGGAACACAACACUUGGGAACCCGAGAAGAAUCUGGACUGCCCCGAGCUGAUUUCUGAGUUUAUGAAAAAAUAUAAAAAAAUGAAGGAGGGUGAGAACAACAAAUCAAGAGAGAAAUCUGAAAGCACAAAGAGGAAAUCCAGCCUCUCCAACAACGCCGAGGACAUCAAAACCAAAAAGAAGAGGGAGAGCAACGAUAUUGCCAGGGGCUUUGAAAGAGGAUUAGAGCCAGAAAAGAUCAUCGGUGCCACAGACUCCUGUGGAGAUUUAAUGUUCUUAAUGAAAUGGAAAGACACCGAUGAAGCCGACCUGGUCCUAGCAAAGGAAGCCAAUGUGAAAUGCCCGCAAAUUGUGAUAGCGUUUUACGAGGAGAGACUGACCUGGCACGCGUAUCCAGAGGACACGGAAAACAAAGAGAGAGAAGCAGCGAAAAGCUAAAGGGCCAUCCUGGGCCAUCCUUAGCUGUACAUACACAUCCCCCCAACCCGACCACAUCCAUUGAAAUGUGCUUAUUACUGUGCUCCCAGGAGAAACCUUGUUAUUGGUUCAGUCAUAACAUAAAUGGUUUGCUUCA